AGGAACACAGAGAAGGGGAGGAGAUUUAAAUGGUCAGCUUGUGAAAAGGUAUUGUGGGGCAAUUAGACGCAAGUGGUUCUUUCUGCCGUCUGGAGCUCAGAGGAGGACUGAAAUCUGUCGGUGCAGCUUCAUACAAACGGAUCCUCACUUGAAGACUUUGGACUGAACUCGCUACUUUGUUGUUUUUUUGUUUUGUUUUUUUUACUCUGAAUAUGCUCUGUCAAAAGUGGCUCCAACUAUUUCACUCUGCAGACUUUUUACGCACUAGAUUUUAGAAGUAAAUGUGACAAUUAAAACAAAAAAAAACCUCUUUAGCAGUAUUAUUUGAUUGCCUCACCACCUCCAGUUCGCCUCCGGGGCCUUAUUCAUUAGUAAGCACAAUCUAUUUCAUCAGGUUACACGCGGCGGCGGCGGAGCUACGUGACUCCACUCAGUCUCAGCAUUACUCAAAAAAAACGGGGGCAGAUGACUUGGAAAUUCCCGGUCAGCAUCUUUUUCCUUUUUUGAGAAGUUUGGUGGAGUUUUGUUGGAUUGUUUUGUGAGGAUUUAGUGUUUUGUGCAUCGGGAACCAUCACCCCUUCUCCGUGCCGAGAGAAAUGAGAGUCGGUUUUGUCAUCGAGGCUGUGGUGGCGCUUUAUCUGCUGCUCUCACCUGCACAGAGUCUACCCUUGUCAAGCAUAAAUGGCACAAUGGAAGUGUUGAUGUUUCAAGAAGUGUGGGGUCGCAGUUUCUGCCGUACCAUUGAGAAGCUGGUGGAGGUGGUGCAGGAAUACCCGACAGAGGUGGAGCACAUCUACAGCCCCUCCUGUGUGCCCCUGGUCAGGUGUGCUGGCUGCUGUGGGGAUGAGAACCUGGAGUGCCAUCCCACCCACACCACAAACGUCACCAUGCAGCUGUUGAAAAUCAGGCCAUCAGAAUCAGGUCAAGAAUAUGUUGAGAUGACGUUUGUGGAGCACCAGACAUGUGAAUGUAGAAUCAGAAAACCUAUUGUGAAAGUUGAAAGGAAAAGGCAAAGGACGAGAGAAAGGAAGAGAAAGGAGAGACAAAAAACAAAGGAAUGUGACAGGUGCCAAAUCCCUCGCAGGUAACUGCAGUGGCCAUCCAACCCCCUGUUGCAGUGCGGCUCACUAUUUAUUUCAAGAUCAACGACAGCAUCAAGAGUCUCCUUCACUCAUCUAUCAAUACUGUGUCUGCAGCCAGAGACUCAAACAGCUGGGUUGAUCUCCUGCUGAUGGGCAGGAACGUUUGUAAUGACAAGGUUCAACAGGAAAAGUGCUUUGAUUGGUGGAAACACUGCUGUUACACACCUGACACAAUGGACAUCCCUGGGAGCCAGUGCAAUGUAGGACCAAACAGACUGACGUCUACUUUUUAUUCUAAGUAUUACUGUAUCAGUUAUUUUAAUUUGUCAAUUUCUUUGGUAUUUAAAGGAGGUUACUCUUGUCAAAAGUCUAUAUUUAUUGAUACAGCUGAAUAUAGUUGGACCAGCAACCUUUAAAAAGUUUGUCAUCCUUCAUUGAAACAUUAUCUAAGAAUGCCUUGACUUGUCAUAAAGUCGUGUAUUGGACUGAAUGUACAGCUGCUUUGUACAUGCAAUAAUGAAAUGUCUCCCUCUAGUGUUUAAAGAAACAGUGUUUAAAACUGCUCUAUAUUAAAAAAUGUUUUUCUUUGUCAAAUUUACAAACAAGAUUAGACACAGGACACAGUCGUCAGUCCAACUUAUUGGAAUUUUCUACCUAUCAUUUAUCCUAUAAUUGGUCAGUCUGUGUAAAUCAUCUCCCUCCAUAACACAAAUGUCAAGACACGUUUAUACUGUCAAUUUAGGCUUAGAUAUGAGCAAAAACUGUCCGAAAAGUUUGUGAACUGAAGAUGUGUCCAUGAAAGAUUGUGUAUGAAUAAAUGUGACAUCAAAUUUUAAAAAAUAAAAUUACUCAUUGAAACUGCUCCAGUGCUGGAUAAUCAGUGAUCCAGUAAUAGAUAACCAUCCUGCAGAGUGGAUGUGGUGAGCCCAGUAUGAAGCAGAAGAUUAAUAUUAUAGCAAUCAAUACACUCAAGCAACUCUCAUCUGGUAUCCUUCCUACUAAAAACUCUAAAAUACAGACUUUGUAUUUUUCUUUUUUAAAUGUGAUCACAGAGUUCCCACAUAUAUGAAAAGUAUUUCUGUGCUCUGUGCAGUGAAACAGAACAAAUUUGUGUCCACCCUGGUGAUACAAGACUCCCGUAAUCCCACACCACAGGUGUCUUCCUCUGUCUGCUUUUGGAAACACUGCAGUAUCGAAGGGAUCAAUUGAGGUAGUUAUGUAAAACGUGUAAAAUGUCCUUUUGUAUGUUUUUCCCAUGUACUACACAAAGAAAAUCUAUGACAAUGUAAAGUAACAUUUCAACUGUGCUAGUGUUUUUGUUUCAUUUAAAUAUUUAUUUUGUAAUAAAAUUGCUAUGGUCGUCA